AUACGUUCGAGGUCCAUCUCUAGCAAUAUAACCAUACCUAAAAUAAAAAGCGGAGGAAUUCUCUUUCCUUUCCCGACUUCUAAUUUUACGUAAACCAUGUCGAACUAUAUUGCCAGGAAGGGACCCGCCGUUCUCUCUAAUCUGGGCAGAUGGGCCUACAACCUCUCCGGAUUCAACCAAUACGGAUUGCAUCGGGAUGACUGUCUGUACGAGAACGAGGACGUUAAGGAGGCCGUCCGCCGAUUGCCAAGGAAGCUCUACGACGAGCGCAACUACCGCAUCAUGAGGGCCCUCCACCUGUCCAUGACCAAGACGAUCCUGCCCAAGGAGCAGUGGACCAAGUACGAGGAGGACGUCAAGUAUCUGGAGCCCUAUCUCAAGGAGGUCACCAAGGAGCGCGAGGAGCGUGAGGACUGGGAGAAGAUCCACUAAACACGCUACAUACGCCACUAAAUCCGACUUCUUCUGGACUUGUAAAUGUUGAAAUACAUAGCUUAGAUAAACACCAAAAUUGGCUAUGAAA